AUGGCGCAGAAGAUCGAUUUUAAUGCGCUCAGGGCGCGCACUUUGGGGUCUGGGAACGAUGAAGAGGCGGUCACAGUGGACACAAGGGGCUUGAUCUCGAAAGUUCUUGCGCGAUACUCGGGCAAAUGGAAAGUAACUAUCAAAUUCGAGACACUGCCUUCAACCACGGUACCCUUGCCUCCAGCUCCCGAUGAAAACACCUUGAUUAAGCAUACGAUCUCCCAUCAUACUCUUAAACGCCUCCUCAUAUCGAACAACGGUCUUCCUUUUAGUGAAAAAGAUUGGUCAAGGCUGAAACGUAUUGCUGAUGGAAAUCCUGAUGAAACUAAAAUCGGAGCAUUUGGCGUCGGCUUCUACAGUGUCUUUGACGAUUGUGAGGAGCCUUUCGUAUCAUCCGGAAAGGAGGCAAUGGCCUUCUAUUGGAAAGGAAACGCACUUUUUACACGCCGGUUACAGCUGAACGAAGACGCCAACCACGAGACCACGUUCGUUCUGGACUAUCGCAAUGACUCCACCCCAAUCCCUUCGCUGAUGCAGUUAUGCCAGUUCUUAUCCAGUAGUCUUACUUUUGUCAGUCUAGAAGGUAUAGACUUGUGGCUAGACGACUGGAAAGUGCUGCAACUUUCCAAAAAGACAGCCCCAAGUGUUGACCUUGUCAUUCCAAGAGACAUCGAUACAAAGACGCCUCACGGACUGAUGAAAAUCCAAUCGGUUACUCGGGAAGUUGCCCAGGUUGACGCUGAGUGGAUGCGAGUUGUCGAAUGGAAACCAAACCUAAGCAUCUUCAGCGAGGGCCUCCGUGAUACUACAGGCUCGUUACGUACCUUCUUCUCACGACUCACUGGCCAAAAAAGCUCAGAAAAGCCGUUGAAGACCGAAGCCACUGAUAAUGUGAGCGACAUCGGCGAGAUGAUCAAGACCUCAAAGGCAUCUGUCUUCCUUCACAUCAACACUGCUAGUAUUCAAGCGUCUGUCAGUCAAUCAUUGAGCAGUGAACUUGAAAGAGCAACUCGGAAACCACCACCGAAGAAAUCGACAAUCGCUAUCUUGACACCUUCAUAUGAUACUACUUUAGCCUCCAGAGCUUCCGGCCUGGACUCUGAGAUUCUUGCCUCUAUACUUCCUUCGAAAGAUGGAAGGAUCUUCAUAGGUUUCCCUACCCAUCAAACAACAGGCCUCAAUGCUCAUAUAUCAGCACCGUCUGUGAUUCCCACAGUCGAGAGGGAGAGUAUCGAUCUCAACACUCGAUAUAUCAGCAAGUGGAACCUUGAAAUGCUAAGGGCGGCCGGCAUCGUCUGUCGUAUUGCCUGGACUGCGGAAAUGGCAUCCAUAAAAUCCAGGAUACACCCCGGAAAGAACGAUUCUAAUUCAACCAAGAUCCGCAAAGAUGAUAUAAUCGACAUACUCCCCGAGGCCAUCCAUACCGCAAAUCAAUUUGUGUUUCGUGAAUCGACCCCGUCUUCCGUGCUGGGGCAGACAAUAGAAGGCGCGUUCUGGACGUGCAACAAAAGCUCCUCGAUUGAAGUUCUGUCAACGUGCGGUGUAAUUCAGAGCCAUCAAGCACGCAUAGCUCCCAAAGAUCUCAGUUUCAUGGAUUCGAUUCCAGUUUUGCCAGAUGCUUUCGUGACAGGUGCUAAAGACUUUGUCAAGAAAUUGACGGACUUUGGCCUGGUGACUGACAUCACUGUGUCUGACAUUAAGAAAGAGUUGGAGCGCACUACGUUGCGUUCCAAUCAAGUCAACGAGUUUCUUGCCUGGCUCAGUCGGAAGGCUGUUGCGGGUCAGCUCGAUACUUAUUCCGUUCAAAGUAUCCUUAGUGUUGCAGUGGCAAGCGACGAAGAGAACGCCGACUCACAGGCCAAACUGAUUGUCUUUGCGGGUAUAGAAAGCUUUCUGAACCCGCAAAGAAUACCAACAAGCUUGCCAUUGCCACCAUCCGUGGCACCGUUUAAAUUCACGAAGAACCUUGGAAACAGAGAGCUGGAGGCCAUGGGAUGGACAGAAUUGCAGGUCGUCACCUGGAUCCUUUGGCUGGUUGAAAAUGCCGGCAAUCGAAACAUGCUCUCAGCAGCUCAUGAUAUUACUCAGAAUCCGUCAUUUUCCGCGCAGGUUCUUCCUGUCAUAUCGAAGCAAUGGGAGUACUUUAGUCCGACAUCGAAGCAAACAGUGAGCAAUGUGCUGCAAUCGAAAACCAUUAUUCCAACCAAGCUGGGAAUGAAGACUCCACCCGAAACAUAUUUCUCUUCUGUUCGACUAUUCGAUGAUUUACCUGUUAUUCACGGUCUUAACGGUGUCAAGGAGAAGUUUCUGGCAUCUUUGGGAGUUCGUAAAACAGUUGAACUUGGAGUUAUUUUUGAACGUCUUCUGAACUCAUCUGAGUCUUCAGACCCGGGAAACAACAGCGAGCGGAGGUGGAGCCAUGUCGAUUUGAUACGCUAUCUAGCAUCUGUUCAAGCAGACAUACCUUCGAAGGAUAUCAAGAGGCUCAAGGACACAAGCCUUUGCCCAGCUGAAUACCGCGAUGGGCAGACUUCUAAUGAAUCCAGGCGCGCUGAGACAACGCGUUAUAAGAUAUGCGAAUUGUUUGAGCCCAAAGAUUCACUUCGUGCGCUUGGAUUGCCAAUUAUUCAGUGGCCUGGAAAAUAUCUACCUAGCAGCAAUGAGGGUAAAUUCUUAUCAAUGCUUGGCUUAAGGGCUUCUCCAUCCGCUGCAGACUUAGUUGAUAUUAUGGCGAGAGCAGCCUCGGAGAAGGACUGGAGUUUGCACACAAGAGCCAUGUCAUAUUACAUCGCCGAGUAUCAUACAAGCGGCUAUGCUAUAUUCGACUGUGGCGCAAUCAAGGUUCCAUUCCUACCUGUCGAAGGGUCAGACACUUUAAGCACCCCUGGGAAAUGUUUCACUGAAGAGGGUGCUACACUAUUUGGUUUUCAGAUUCUCCGGAAAGAUCUUCAUCCCCAUGCCUCAAAGUUUGGAGUAAAAGAGCAUCCUGCUUUGAGCGAUUGUUUAGAUUGCCUUAUACGCCUGCCGCCAUCUACAAAAAGGGACGCCCAGGUGGUAUUCAAGAACCUUGCCGGAAGGGUAUCGGAACUCAGAUCCCGGGACAUCGAUCGUGUUAGCAAUGCUCAGAUUGUGCCCGUCUCGACUGCUCAUGGUACAAUGGACAAGAAGUCUUCUGUGCGGCAUGUGGCGCCCAAGCUCUGUUAUCUGGGAGAUGGCGAGGAUUACAAGGAUAUAUUUGAUUUCGUCGAUUUCGAUCAGGAAGCCAAUCUAUUCCUUAUGGCAGUGGGAUCCAAGCGUGAGCCAACGAAAACCGAGCUUGCGCAUAUGCUAGUAAGAGAGCCUGCAAGAGUAUCGGCCACUUUCCAAAGUGCAGAUAAGUAUCUCAAGUUGCUUAGAACACUUGCAGAGCAUCUCCCGGUGCUCAAGAAAGACCGGGAAUUGUUUAUGGAGAUGAAACGAUCUGCGUUUCUUCUAUCCAGCAGAGACAUAACGUCUCUCGCUCAGGUGAAUGUCAGCAAUGAUGUUGCGGGCUCAGAAGACGAAGACGAAGAACAGAGCAUUAAGGAGUGGACUCUGACCGUCGCCAAGGAUGCUGUGGUUGUGGAUGACUUUCAAAGUUUCAAUUUGUUCAAGGAACAUGUUUUGGCCGCUCCACAAGAAGAGCUUCUAGAGAACUUCUACCUUUCUUUGGGAGCAGUGCCGCUGAGCAGCCUCGUCGAAGAGCGCGCUCAUUGGGGCGCAGUGGCAGCCGAUCAGAGUCCAGCAACUAAAUUACAAAAGUUGAUUCACGAACGCACGAGACUCUUUCUGCAUGACCAAUCGUCGGAUUCCAUACGACAUGAUGUACGCUGGCUCGAAAAACAUCUACAAGUCCAGGUGGUACAAUCCAUUUCCCUCACACGAUCUCUCAAGGGACGGCGUAUAUCUCAUACUCAGAAACGAAGUGCAAUCAUCACCCAGCAGCCAUCGCGAAACUGGAUGCUGUGGAUAUGUCCGGGCAGAUACGAUCUCUAUGAAAUAAGUCAGGCUCUGGUACAUCUCAUUCUUGCUAGACCGAAGCUUCAUUCGACUUUGACCCUGGAAAUGCUCCUCAAGACUGAUCUUUUGGAGUUGAAAGCUCGCGGGUACAAUGUAGAACGUAUUCUCAAGCAGAAGGCCCAGGAAGCAAGGGUGGCAGAAGACAGGCGACAGAAGCAGCUUGAGGAGGAACGUCAGCGCUUGCAGGAAAGAGAAGCCGAUUGGGCUCAAGGCCAGGCUCAGGUUCAGAGCCAGAGUCAGAUACGCUCGCACGCAACGGAAGAUGAGCGGCAACUCAUGCCAGGGGACUUCCCAGAUUCUCCCUCGAGCAGGAAUUCUACCCGUGAUAUGCAGGUUGAAAGGUCGGAUCAGGCCCAAGACCAGAAGCCGCGCGGGUUUCUGGCCAAUUUGACCAAGCGGUUUGGGCUUGAGGGUAACCGGUCACCUUGGAAUGCCCUCAAUGGGGAGUCUUCGAACACGCCAGUCCCUGGACCCUCUGAAAAUGCUACACCUCCUCCGCCUUACUCCGUCCAAGAUCCACAGCAAAAAUCUCGUCCGGAAGGACCGGUCGCUGCCAACUCUCCUCAUCGCCUUCAAUCCGAAUUGCUUUCGGCGGUUCAGGCGUGUCGACCCCAUGGUUCGUCCGAUGUCUACACCCGACCACAAACGAAUCAGGUUACCGAAACCAAGUCCUACUGCGAUGAGAAACCAAGCCACGAUCUUGAAUUUGUGGCUACCCUUGCUUGCGGCAUCCAUGUGCUGGUUGUCAAAACCCUUCCAGACCGAUCGGCCUUCCUGGCAAAGAACAGUCUUGGAAUCAACGUUUUCGCAUCCCUGCUGAUCGACUGUGCUGAUGUCUUUUCCCUCCGCUUCGACAUUAUCAGCGUCUUCUAUGACCCCGGAAAGACCAUUGCUUUCAAUCGGGCCGGUAGCAUUUUCUGCAAUUACUUCUUCUUCCAGCAGCUGCACGAGAAGCAGCUGCUCCAAAACUCUGCCGGCGCUCGAUCCGAAGCACUGGUUUAUUGGUGGGUGAUCUUGUGCCAUGAACUGGCGCACAAUCUUGUCGAGGAUCACAGUUCUGCACACAGUUUCUACACGAUGAUUCUAGGUACUAACAAUGGUGCAGUGAAGGAUUCGUUGCGCAGUACUUCCCUAAAGUGGCGGCCAGGCUAGUGACCCCCAAUCAGGGAAAUUGAACCUCGAGCGGAGGUUGAUGAUGAUGAUGAUUUGGC